AUGGCCAUCCUUCAUCUUCUCGACUGCCUCCCUGACGAGUGUAACGGUUCACGAGCAUUUAUCCCUCUUAGUCUGUUCCCACCUCAGACCGUCCCCCCUAAUCUCCAACCCACCCAGCUCCAGCAGUCUACACCGCACCCGAUGCGGGAUAACCUUAUUCGCCUCUCAGGCACUUACGACAGUCGAGAGCUCAACUACGAUAUGGGGAAGAACCUGUACGAGGGUUUCGAUAGCCUCGACCAUCGUGGUUGGCUGGUCUGGGGCGAGCCGUGGUCUGCGUUCGGAUGGGAAGUGAGCGAGGGCUUCAUUCGGAAAUGGGGGUUCUUGCUCGAAGGUUGUGGUGAAUUGAUCACAAUAACGAAUCACUGGAGAGAAAGUCGAGGAGAGGAACCUCUGGUCGUGGAGGUUUGA